GUCCACGUUCAGCUGGCCUCCGGCGUCUAUGCCCUCAGCCUCGCAGAGUCGGCGAGUCUCUUGCAGAAGGCUGCCCGUUUGCUCAUUGUCGCUCCCGGCGCUGGGGUCAAGACCCUCGGCACUCGAUUUCGAGCGCUGGGUGCAGAGCCAGGCUUCCAGGUAGAGGUAGCCGGAAGGAAAGGCGUACUUUACGACCGGUAUCCUGAGUGUUGGGACACUGGCGCUGGUGCCCCAAAUCUGCGAACUUUCGGAGAGGACCUCGUUCGUAUGGGUAUUCAUCGCAGAGCAGACUGCUUGAUCUUCGGCUCACGAGGCGGACAAGUGGUUCUGCCACUGAUGUGGAGCGCCCUUGGCGACGAAGUGCCACCCAGUGUUGUGGUCAACGGUGGCUGUGCGAUGCAACUUCCGGGUCCUGCUGUGCGAUGGCCGCAUCGUGCAGUGACGGUUAUGCUGCUUGGCGGUCAGGCUGGGCAGAUGUUUCUGGGCCGGCGAGCGAAAUGGCCCCAAUCCAGCCAUCCGUACUUUCAAAGUUUACACGAAAGCUACGAUGCACACUUUGGAUGGCCUGAGCCCAUGACUGACGCAGACCGUGAGGUCGUGCCGUCCCUGCCCCCUCCCUUGCCGCGGGAUCCGCGUCGCUCUUCCACCAGCUUCCGCCUCGCGCGUCCUGCGGAGUCCUCAGCGCUGCGCUCGGACAGCGCCCCGCCUGGGCCCGGCGCGCCGGAGCGGCUCGGCCUCGGCGAGAGGUCGGAGGCCCGGCUGCAAGCCCUGGAGCAGUGGCGCCUGGACUUCGGAAGCGGCGGCCCGGGAGCCGUUCGCAUGUCGGAAUUUGCAGAGUUCACACCUCUGCCAACAGACGACGCGCGACGGGAAGCCUACAUACGCCCUGCAAACAAGCGGGACCUAGGACACCGCUGCUACCAUUGCCGCAGACCCUUCAGUGCACUGGGCGCCGAGAUCGUCACUGAGAUACAGGGCGGUCCGACACAGAGGUUCCAUCCCGAGUGCUGGAGGGAACGUGGUCGGCGUGUGCCGCCACUAAAGCUGGCACGACGACAGGCCAGUGACGUGUCGGAAGCGUUGGAGAUGAGUUCUCGCAGCACAGGUGGGUCUGUGCCCUUGCCUUCCUAUGCUGAAGAGUGGCGGAGGGCAAGUCUCGAUGGCAGCUCAAUCCGAGCUCGACCUGCAUCACGUGGGCAAUCCAGGUCCGGCAGAGCACCAAUUCUGGAUGGGGUGAAUGCCAUCGAG